AUGGCAGACUUCACCGAUCAUCUCAAGCCUGCACACGAUGGCACAGCAACACUCCAGGCCGAACGCGACGGCUCGGACAUCGACGUCCACCAACUCGCACAGCACCUCCUAAGCCGUGAUGGCUUCCUGGAGCGGCAAGAAAAGGUGCUCCGAGUUUUAAGCAAGGAGAAGCUUUUCAAUAAAGAAAAGCAGCUGAAUUUGUCGCGCCCAGAGCGGUAUCAUCUAGGCCUAGCAAGAGCGAAGGCCAUUCAGAGAUUGAUGAGACGAGAAGGCUGGGACCAUGAAGACUACAAGAUGGCCGAAUACCUAACCGACGAGAUGAGCCCAUAUCAUCUGCAUAUGAGCAUGUUUGUUACAACGAUACGCGAGCAAGCAUCGGAAGGGCAGCAAAAGUAUUGGAUGCCGAAGAUCCUCAACCACGACAUUAUCGGCUGCUAUGCGCAAACGGAACUAGGCCAUGGCAGUAACGUACGAGGCCUGGAGACUGUCGCGAAGUGGGACCCGAUCGAAAAGGAGUUCGAAAUCCACAGUCCAACUUUGACGGCGAGCAAAUGGUGGAAUGGGUCAAUGGGAAGGACUGCCACGCACGCAAUUGUAGUCGCACAACUACUGUUGCCAAAACCGUCCUCUCAACCCGAUAGAUCAGAAGUUUCCGAUCAGCAUGCUCAUGAAAUUGAGUACGUUUCUCACGGUCCGCAAACUUUCGUCCUGCAGAUUCGGCACGCGAAGACCCAUCAACCUUUGCCAGGCAUUGCCGUAGGCGACAUCGGUCCGAAAUACGGAUAUGCAAGUAUGGAUAAUGGGUACAUGCUGUUCGACCACUUCCGCGUACCCAAGUCGGCUAUGCUGAGUCGCUAUACUGAAGUCUCUGACGAGACAGGUGCAUUCGUUCGGACUGGUCAUCCGGCCGUCGUAUAUGGGAGUCUGACGUUCGUACGCGGGCAGAUAAUAAUGCAUGCAAGGCUGGUUCUUGCACGUGCUGUUACUGUCGCCGUACGAUACUGUGCUUUACGACGCCAAUUCAAAGACCGGGACUCUACAAGCGCUUCAGAUAGUGAGAUGAAAGUUCUCGACUACCCUACCGUGCAAAUACGUAUCUUGCCGUUGCUCGCGACUACUUUCGCGCUGCAUUAUACAGGCGAGUACAUGUAUAUGUUGUACCACAGGUCGCGAGAGAAUAUCGAAAAAGGCGAUUUUGGACCCUUGGCGGAAUUGCAUAGCGCAAGCUCGGGGCUCAAGAGUCUGUGUACGAUGCUCGCUGCGGACGGCAUCGAGACUUGUCGACGCGCGAUGGGCGGCCAUGGCUUCGGUGGUGGAAGCGGAUUAGUAGGACUGAAUGCUGACUAUCUCUCCAAGCCAACGGUAGAGGGUGAUAACUGGAUGAUCACGCAACAAGUUGCCGCAUAUCUCAUCAAGAAGAUGGCAGAUGCUGUUAAAGACCCGGGCUCAACGCCUAAAGAUCCGACGGACAGACUCUUCCAAUACUACCUCUUGAACAAGGACCAUCGAAUGCCCCAAAACGUCUUGAAAGAAGGCGUAGUAGACGACCGCAAUAUAGUGGAGGUGUUCCAAUGGCGCGCGGCCGAUCUCUCUUAUCGUGCCUACCAAGCACGCGCCGUCGAGAAGCAGCCUUGGACACGCCUGAUGAUCCAACUCCACAAUCUCAGCCGCGCAUACUCGGAGCAGAUCCUCGUCACGAACUUCUACAACAGCUUCAGCUCCGUCAGUCCACCUACAUCAUCAAUAUUACGGACAUGCUUCCAGCUCUAUGCGCUUUAUACCGUCGAUCAGUUCGCUUCCUCGUUUACGAUGACGGCCGCCGUUCCGCAAGAGUCCUUGUAUACUUUACAAGAUAUAAUCUUAGAUCUCAUGGCUGAGUUGAGACCGCAUGCUGUGAAGCUUGUGGAUGCAUGGUCGAUACCGGAUUGGUUGCUCAACAGUGCAUUGGGUAGGUAUGACGGUAAAGUGUAUGAGGAGCUAUUCGAUAUGGCGCAUCGGAGAAAUCCGCUUAAUGAGGUGACAUUCAAUCCGGACUGGCGUAGUGAUGAGAUUGUUCUGGGAAGUGGAGACGGAGCCGAUAUUCUCUUUCGCAACCAAACUGCAUCUGCUGCGCAGAGAGCCGAGGAGUCAUGGCGAAAGCGGUCAAAGUCAAACCAGCGCGCUGUCGCUGCCGAAAGUAGCAGUACCUACAUCAAAACCCCACCAAGCGACGAGUCAACACCGCCUCAUUUGGACGAUCAACGUUCAUCCAGCGGCAGUGUACAUUCUCCCGGUGGAUCUGUGGAUGACCCUACUCAAGAUGCAUCAAGCGUCACGCUACCGACAAUCGAUCUAAGCCGAUUGACUAUUACCCCAGUGUCUAACCCAGACUACCGUAGAAGAGCAUUUGAACGCUUUGUGUACGACUUUGUGCUACCCGACUCGCCGAAUAGACCGGCGGACCAACCAGAUGAAGCUCUUUGGACGUUCAUUCCACUCUUGUACCAGGGCGCUCCAGAGGACUCGUUGAUCGCAACAGCCGUUGACGCAGUUUCUUACGUUAAUUUUGCUAACCGAUGUAAUGAUCCUCAGGCGCAGGCAUUAGGUGAGGAGUGCGUAGGAAGGGCAAUUCCGAUGUUGACAAAGACGAUCGCGGACAAGAAGCAGUCAGCCACGAAUGUAGCACUGUGCUCGGUACAUUUGAUGGGGGUUUACGAGAAUCUUACUAGCGUGCAACGGAAAGGCACAUUCAUUGCCCACAACCACGGCGCAAACGCCCUACUUCAACUGCGGACUGUUGAUCAGUUUUAUAGCGAUCCCAUAUCAGCCAGACUUUACGAAGUCAUAUAUUCGCAUCUGUUACUAGGUAAUCUACAGACAGCAAAGCGCCCUGCAAUACCGACAAGAGACGUGGUCAAGGUAGAUGAGUACCUUCCAAGCCUGUACAAGAACACUAACGCCUUUGUCAUUCGUCUGAUCUGGAGAGAGGCAAUGCUGCAUGCUCGAUGGCACGAAGUCAAGCAAAGCGCAAAUCCACCGACUAGCCGCCUUGCCUUGCAGGAGCUGCUGCAGACAGCGCUUGAACUAGAUCAUGACUAUCAAGCCUGGGAAUCACAGACUACACCAGCUUGGGACUAUCACAUGACACCCAACACACCAGAGGCUCGGUCGGCUUACGAUUCGAAAUGGCAAAAGCUCUUCUUAGGCUGUCGGGGCGCACCGGAAGAGAUUCAUUCAUACCCCAGCGUAAAACGCUCCUGGAUCUGGGGCUUUUAUCGCACCAGCCGUGUGCUUGUUCUACGCGAUCUGCUCGAAAUGUUGAACUGGAUGUUCAGGUUUCGAGACCCUGGUCUUUCCUAUGUGCCUCAAGCAGUACAAGGGCAGACUAUACCUACAGCUUUGAGCGACAGGAACCUCCGCGUGCGUCACUCAGUUGCUACCGCUCGUUUGGUCGAGGUAAUCGAAAAAAACUGUUCAGCCAUGCUCGGUAGCUUCACCGUGCCAAUACACAUGAAGUCUGUCGAUGACGUCGUGGGUAUGAGAGGAUAUGUUGACAUAUGGCCGCUGGGCACAAUGGAUGCUGUGCUCUGUUCAGGUCUCGUACCGGAUAGCAAUUCAGGCAAUAAUUCAUACGACGCUAGCCGUCUGCCAACUCCACCGCCGGCUUACUCGCAUCCUUCCAGCAUGCCACCACAUCUAGCUACGGCCGUUUCCAACGCAUCCUCAUCAAGCGAGCCCUCGGAGAACUUGGAAUCAUAUGCAACAGCGCCACAAUUCUCCGAACUUCACAACAUCCGCUCGAGAUCGGAAAGCGGCCUUAACUCCAGUCCAAGCCCACCAGCGAACAUCCCAUUAUUCGAUCCAAACGCAAAGAAGGAUCACAUUUUCGACCCCAGUCCCGCGCAUCCUUACGACCGUCCCUUAGAGCUUCCUCCGCUGGAUGUUGAGACGGUUGAGCCUAGGAGGAUAGACGUUGCGGCGAGACGUGAGUGGAUCAAUCGUUUGCUGUACUACUUCGCAACAGAACUGGGUCUGAAGAAGGCGCUGUGGGUACCGGUGAUGCAAGGCUUCAUGCCCACAGUGAAGCCAAUGGUUGACGAUAUUCUCAGCCAAGAAAGACGUUCUUAA